AUGAAGCUGCUCGAAACCAUGGCUCAAGUUGAGGAAAAGAAAAGUUCGAAGCCUGCAUCGCUCCCAGAGAACUCAAGUUCACUUUCCCAGAGUAGCCUCGAAGAAGGCCAAUUCGAUAUCAAUGAAAAGGCGCUGCUGCGUAAGCUGGAUUACCGGCUGCUUCCACCAUUGACAAUACUAUAUCUCCUGUCCUUCUUAGACAGAAGCAAUGUUGGCAACGCUCGCUUGGAGGGUAUGGCUACGGAUAUUGGAAUGACGGGCAACAUGUACCUUACAGGUCUCACACUGUACUUCAUUGGUUACGUCGCUUUCGAGGUCCCCUCCAAUAUCGUGCUCAAGAGGACUACACCGCGGAUAUGGCUCCCGACCCUCACAUUGCUCUGGGGCAUUGUUGCCACGCUUCUUGGAGUUGUUCAGAAUUAUGCUGGAUACCUGACCUCCCGGACAGCCCUGGGGAUUGCUGAAAGUGGACUGUUUCCGGGUGUCGUCUUCUAUCUUUCGAUGUGGUAUAAGCGAAAUGAGCAGCACUAUCGGGUGGCGCUCUUCUUCAGCGCUGCAUCGCUCGCUGGUGCUUUUGGAGGCAUCCUUGCCUGGGGUAUUGCGCAUAUGCGUGGUUUAGAACUGACUAGCUCGAAGGAAGGACUGGCAACUGUUGUCAUGUCCGUUGUCGCUUAUUUCUGGGUCUACAAUUACCCUGCAACUGCAGAGUUCUUGUCAGACAAGGAGCGCGCCUUCAUCCAAUUCCGCCUGAAGAACGACAGUGAUGCCACUCGGGACGAAAAAUUCAGCUGGACGGCAGUGUUUGAUGCUUUCAAGGAUUUUAAGCCUACGAUUAUCAAGGAACUGGGCUACUCGGCUGCCAAGGCCCAACUUCUUACUGUUCCUCCUUAUGCCUUGGGAUUCAUUAUGACAAUCACAGUCGCAAUUCUCUCCGAACGCACUCGGCGCCGCGCACCGUUCAUCAUUGGGUCGACCGCGUUCGCCUGCAUCGGAUACAUCCUUCUUCUCACUUCAAAGAGAGCGUCCGUAUCCUACGCUGGGGUCUUCUUCGCCGCUGGCGGCAUCUAUCCUUCGGUGGCCAUUGUGCUAUCUUGGCCGGCCAACAACGUCUCCGGGCAAACCAAACGCGCUAUAGCCAACGCUAUGCAGAUUUCGAUCGGGAAUUUGGGAGCUGUGAUGGGCACGCAACUCUAUCGGACCGAGGGCAGUCCACGCUACUAUCUUGGCCAUGGAUUUGCGCUGGGGUACCUUCUUGCGAAUAUUGUUGUGGUCGGUGUCCUGUGGGCUGUGCUCAACCGGGAGAACAUCGAGAAGGCCAAGCAGAGAGAAGCAAAGGGCAUAACUGCAUUUAUCGGUGAUAUUGGGGAUGCAGGAGGCGAAUUCCAGGGCGACAGCGAUUCUCGAUGGAUUUUUCAGACUUGA